CUCCUCCGCCCUCUACCCCCUGAUGCCCCCUCCAUCUGCUCACAGAGGAGACUGAGAACAGCGAGCAGAAUAAGCCAGUGGCUCCACUGGUGGCCACUUUAGAGGAUGACGAGGACAACAUGGCACAGUCCAAGUCUGGAAACAAGCGGAAGUCAAUAUGGCCGCCCAGGGACAUGGAAAAGAGACCACAACCAUGGGCGGGUCCACACCCAUUCGCCGACGAGAUCCAAGAUGUGCAACAACCUGGGAAAGACGGCAACGAACCACAGACACUGACUGGGCAGACAGAGAAGACCAAGGGGGAAAAGGCACCACUCGGGGCCACCAGAGGAGGCCUUUCCCAGCCCAGCUCCAGCCUUGCCUGGCCUCCCUCCCUCACUUCAGCCCAGACGGUGGUGGUGUCCCCCCUGAGUCGUCCGGAGGGCCCCUGGCCCCGGGCUCUGACCCUGGAGGGAGCUGGUUCAGAAAGGGGAGCCCUGGUCCAGAGACUGGCUGGACUGGAGAAGGAGGCUCAGAGGCUGAGGAGGAUACUGGGUUCCAACGCACCCCCAGCAACGCAGGACACUGUGGUGAUGACAGAGGCUGCCUCUGGGGAUAAGGCAUCUGGUGGGGUGGGGGCGGAGACAACGGUGGCCAUGGUAACCAAACAGGACCCAAAGGAGUGUGAGAGCUCAGCUUCCCCUGGCAUACCAGGGCUGGUUGUGGAGGGCGUCCAGCCCCAGAGAGAGCAGCCUGAGCUGGGCAGGCUGAGGAGGGAGAAGGCUGACCCCCAGAGCAGGCUGAGACAGACUGACAGCCCAGUAACCAGGGACCAGAGCUCCCGCAUUGUGCAAGAGAACCUCCACAAAAUGCGAGGGAACGUGGUGGCUCUGCUGUCAGCCAUCCUGCCCCACCUGGACCUGCAGGGCAUCAGCCUGGACACGCCAGACGUAGACAGCAUCCUGCAGCAGAUCAUAGACGCCAACUCACUGUCUCCACUCUAGAACCCACUCUCAGUGCUCUAGAACCCACUCUCAGUGCUCUAGAACCCACUCUCAGCACUCUAGAACUCACUCUCACCACUAGUACUUAUGCUCACCACUCUACUGUAGGUAACUAAUCGUUUAUUUUUCCAUACCAACCUGGAACCCCUAUGUCCACAACACAUUAUCCACACACUGACUCACAUUGUAAUGGCUGACCCAUCUUAAUAGCCCAACUAUCACAUUGUAAAUACUUCAUCCCCAAUUGACCCUGCCUAAGUUCAGAUGCGUUGUACUGUACUCGUUGAGUGUGAGAUGUUGUAAUACUGUACUCAGAUCAGCUUGCUAUGCUGUAUGUUUUACCUUCACCAUAUGUAAAGGAUCCACAUAAGUAACCAGCAGUCUGCUUAAUUUAAUAUCAUGUGUUAUUACUUGUCAAUCAGAGACCCUGGCUUGUGUGAGAGAAGCUGAGAAGCCUAUUACUGUUUGCUUUUCAUCCUUGCUACUGUUUUUAAUAUGUUUGUUGAUUAUUUUGUCAUUUUAAUAUAUGAACAUGUUCCUUGAUAGUGUUAGGGCUGGACUUCAACUACCCUGUCAUUACAAUGUUUUAUCGUUUGUUUGCUUGCAUAUCUUUUUAAAGAAAAUCAACCAGG